ACAAAUUUUGAUAGCACAUGGCAUAUGGUAUCUAUAGAAAAAACAAUUUAUCAUCCAAUACAAUAGCUUAAACAAAAUAAGUUCACGCUUUCUACAACAAAACCAGAGCCAAUCAUUUCAUCACAUCAUACACAUUCAUUUUUUCUUCUUUGACAGUACCUUAGAUCCUGCUUCUGAGUUCUGAGUGUAGUUUGUCAUGGACAAUGGAAGUACCGAACCAAUUGAAUUUUCAACUCAUCUUCUUUCUUCCAUUCGCGAAGAAGCUAGUUCAGCACCAACUAGUAUUCUUAUACUUAGUACCCUUGUUGCUGUUUCUGGUUCCUAUGUUUUUGGCUCUGCUAUCGGGUAUUCAUCCCCUGCUCAAUCAGGAAUCAUGGAUGACCUCAAUCUUGGCGUAGCUGAGUAUUCAGUUUUUGGUUCAGUGCUCACAAUUGGAGCGAUGGUUGGAGCCAUUGUUAGUGGUAGUAUAGCAGAUUAUGCAGGUCGUCGACUUGCCAUGGGAUUCUCACAGCUAUUCUGCAUCUUGGGAUGGCUUGCCAUAGCAUUCUCAAAGGUUGCUUGGUGGCUUUAUAUUGGAAGACUAUUGAUAGGAUGUGGAAUAGGCCUUCUAUCUUACGUGGUACCGGUUUAUAUUGCUGAAAUAACACCGAAGGAUCUUCGAGGGGGAUUCACUGCAAUUCAUCAGCUAAUGAUUUGUUUUGGAAUAUCAUUAACUUAUCUUAUCGGAACAUACUUGAAUUGGAGGGUUUUGGCUCUAAUAGGAACUAUUCCAUGUCUCACACAGCUUCUGAGUCUAAACUUUAUUUCUGAGUCUCCUAGGUGGCUGGCAAAGGUUGGUCGCAUGGAAAGGAGUGAAUCUGCGUUACAGCACCUUAGAGGAAAGAAUGCUGAUGUUUCUGAAGAGGCUAUUGAAAUUAGAGAAUUUACAGAAGUCUCUCAACAGCAAACGGAAGAUAGCAUCAUUGGAUUAUUUCAAUUACAGUAUUUGAAGUCGCUUACUGUAGGAGUUGGCCUGUUAAUACUACAACAAUUUGGAGGGGUUAAUGGCAUUUCUUUUUAUGCAAGUUCUAUAUUUGUGUCUGCCGGGUUUUCAAGAAGUAUUGGAACAAUAGCAAUGGUUAUUGUUCAGAUACCAAUGACAGCUUUGGGAGUAAUUUUGAUGGAUAAAACUGGAAGACGACCACUUUUACUGAUCUCUGCAUCAGGAACAUGCUUAGGAUGCUUCCUUGUAUCCCUGUCAUUCUUUUUACAGGACUUGCAUACGUGGAAAGAGUUCAGUCCUAUUCUUGCACUCGUCGGUGUACUGGUAUAUACAGGUUCUUUCUCACUUGGCAUGGGAGGAAUACCCUGGGUUAUAAUGUCUGAGAUAUUUCCCAUCAAUGUGAAGGGUUCUGCUGGAAGCUUAAUAACAUCUGUUCACUGGCUGUGUUCAUGGAUUAUAUCCUAUGCUUUUAACUUCCUCAUGAGUUGGAGUUCAACAGGAACUUUCUUCAUGUUCUCUAGCAUAUGUGGCCUUACCGUUCUAUUUGUAGCAAAACUAGUACCGGAGACUAAGGGGCGCACGCUUGAAGAAGUUCAAGCGUCUCUGAAUCGAUAUCCAACAAAGAGAUGAAUUUGAAAUGACACUGAGAGAGAAUUGCAUGCAUUAUAAAUCCAAGUAAUUGUUUUAAACAUGGUAAAUUAUAGUGGCGCAUAGAGGUUGAGGAAACAAGCUUGUCCAUGUUGUGUUUUCAUUCACAAAAUUUGAAUCAUACCAUUUUCAAAUGGAAGUGUUUGUCAUUCUUUAAAUAAAUACUAUGUAUUCCUGUAUUGAACAAGAGGGCAGUCACCUGAGUUGAUGAAGUCAUUCCCUGCCUCUUCUGGUA